AUGUCAUUAGCCCUAGGUUUGUUAUUGUUGAUAAUUUUUCGUUUGCAGUUGGUUCAUAACUAUUGUGGAAAACUAGGGAGAAACGUCUCAUUUUUACCGAUGAAUCUUGCUGCUUAUGGCGGGGAUCCAACGGGCAACUUACUCUGCGUCAACUUUAAUCAAGAUUGCAGGUAGAUGAGGCAAAAAGAUGUCUUCGGGUUUGACUUUUUGUUUUGCAUUCACGUUCUGAAGGAAAAAUUCUUUUCCAGCUCUCUUGCAGUUGGGUCAAAAUCCGGCUACAAACUGUUCUCCUUAAACUCAGUGGAGAAGUUAGAAGAAAUUUACGAAUAUGGUAAGUGUUGUGUUAUUCUUGUUAGGCUACAGGAACGAAAGAAAAGCACAGGUUUAAUUUUCAAUGGCACUUACAUAAGCCACAGUAGUAUGUCGUCAUCUUAUUUGAGUUCAAAGCUUAAGGUAUUUUCAGUUUUCCUAAUUGCUAUUGUGAAACCACUAAGCUUCGCUUUACCCUGACCGCGGUAACAUUUACUUUUAACAGGGUUGAUUUAAUGGGUUAGCUUUAAUGAUAAAAGAAAACCCAUUUACGCACAGUCACGAAAUCCUGCGAACUUAGACUGAAAACGGUCAGCUGAUUUUCGAGAGGUUUAUUGUUAUUGUCGUUCAUGUCAUUGUUCUUUAGUUUUUUGGAAGGCUAUGAUAAAAUAAUUUGCCACUGAUUCCCGCUUUUCUCUUUUUUCGAAGCACUUAUUUUUCAAGAGAAGUUAACAGUUCAUUUUGAAAACAUUGUCAAUGUACUAACUGUUUAAGAGUAAGUUGAUUAUAACAGUUUUUUUUUGAUUAAUUUGAAUCGCAUUUGAAUCUUUUUUUGGAAUAUUCUGGUUUCUAAUCUAAUAAUGUAGCUGCUUAUAAGAUUUAGGUGUCUUAUCUCUGAUAAUUUGAGAACUAUAUUUUCAUAAUUCAUCCGGUAUUUAUUUCUCCAUAAUUUUCUGCUCAUCUGAGUCUUGUAAUCCUUGAUCAAGAUUUAGGUUUGAUGCUGAAUUGUGUGUAUAGAGUUCAAUGCAGGGAUCUUUUUGACCCUGUCAGUGAUGAAAAUAAAAUUACCUUUGAAUUACCAACAUUUUGAGACGCCACUACUGGUUUCCCCACGAAAUGACAUCUGAGAAAUGAACACAGAAAUUCCAUACUGCUGACGCAUCACUAUCCAGAUCUGGGUAGUGCUUCUGAUUGAUCGUGCCAUGAGGUUUAUUUACUUCAACCAAUCAGAAGCAAACCCAGAUCUGGGUAGUCACGCAUAGUUAGUAUGGAAUUUCUGCCCUUGUUGCUCAGAAGUCAUUUCGCGGGGAAACUAGUAGUGGAGUUGCACAAUGCCACUGUUUUCACAGGCUAAAAUGAAAUGAGCUUUUAAGUGACAAACUGUGUUUUUGAUUUACAAAUUUAUCCUUAUGUUGAAAAUAGUAAAACAAUCUAUUGUUCCAGAGGUUAUUUCAUAAAAGAUAGACAGUUCAACAGUUUCUGUUGCAAACCACUCUAACACAUUUUCUUCCAGGCGGGGGCGGGGUUUGGGAUUAAGGAAUGUUUGGUUUGGGAUAUGCCUGAACAUAUAACCUAUACCAGACCCAGUUCGACUGAGUUGUGCUACCCUAUACCAAACUUAACCCCUAAACUUCUUCAUGAAACUUUUCUUGAGGAGUUCCAUUCCACUUGCUGACAUCAGCCUAGCCCUGUUCACUAACCCUUAAUAUGGUAACAUUAUGAAACGGCGCCUAUUGUUAAGGGUCCAGUCGUAAAAUCGUGGAUCCCAUGACUAUUUGCGGGCUCACAAAGGAUGUCGAUGCAGGUCGCGUCCUUUGACUCUCUGAGUUAAGUGUUACCUUAUUGUUUCCAUGAUACAAAGAUAAUUUAAGGUGAUUCCCUAGUUUUGCACUGCGCAUAACAAGAUGGCCGCCGUAAAAAACAGCAUGUGAAGUAAUAUUAUUAAAAUGAAGUUGUCUGAAGAGAAACACUAUUGGAAUUUUUUCUUGCUGUUGUUUCUUGCCAAGGUGAGACUCAAUGUGUUGGGAAUGUACAUAACGUAAGCAGUACACGUGUUGCUGAGUUCGACCACCUCUCGGAGAACCUCGAUAGUGGAUGUUUAACUUGUGCUUACUCACUUUGAUUUUCAUUCAAACACUUUCUUUAUCACAUUGUGUCCUAAAUGUGAUAUCUCGAUGUAAAUUCUGUAAAAACGGAUUUUUUAAUUCUUUCUUCCCCCUUUCACAUACAUUCUAUUUUGAAACUCGCCCCAGUCCUCUCUCAAAAAUCGGAGAAAAUGCGUUUGGUGCGCACUUGCUGCAGCUCUAACUAGUACCGCAAAAACGAGUACGGUGACCCCCAUUUUUUAUUUCAUGAUUUUAAUAAGGACAGUGCUUCCUUUCGAUGAGAAAAACAUUGGCACAACUCUAUGUUCAGUUUUUUGGCAAUUUUACUAAAUUGUACGGAUUGAGCCAUCACGGGUCGAAAAGCGCGCGUCCAAUUUAAUUCUACUUUGGAGCGUAAAGUACAAACAAGGGCAUUAAAAGGCAUUUUUCUGGUACGUAAGUGGAUAAACAAUACAUUAAAGUCAAAUUCUGUGUGUGAUGCCACAUGCAUCAUCGAAAAAAUCUUUCCGUUUUGUCUAGUUUUGGGCUGCCCGCAGUUUUUGUAAAAGGGUCCUAAAUAGCCGUAUUUGGCAGCAUUGUGACAUCAAAACGAGCACGGUGACCCCCACUUUUUAUUACUUUUUUAUCAUCUUCUUCACUUGUUACAUCAGUGUACCAAGUUUUAGCUACAAUCUAUGUUAGGUUCUUUUACUAUGGAAUCACCUUAACUCCAUCGUUAGAUGCUUUCAUGCCUUGUCCCUGUCAGUAUUUUACCAUUGUAUUUGUGCUUUUCUUUGUUGCUGUUGCAGUUUCAAGCCAUCUUUGUGUCGUUUGCCACAAUUUCAACUGUUUUACGUUGUUGUUGUGUGGCCAUGUCGGUUUUCGGAAUAUUACCCUAACAGGGCCUCAUUAUUCUCACUUGCAUGUACCUUUUUUGGAAGAAAGCAACUUCUGUUUUAGAUAUCAACCCUUUGAACCCUAAGAUCAAAAUUUGAAUUCUCAUUUGUUGCCCCUAUUCAUUUCCUACAGAAGUAGUGGGGAGAAGUUGAUAAAAUAUCAAGCAAAUUCAUCUUGUGUGAUCAUGUCCGUAAUUCUCAUGACCACUCUGUUUUACAAAGCAUUGAUAUUACAAGGAGAAAUUUGAUGCUGAUCACUCUUGGGGUUUAAAGGGUUAAAAAAAGGUCAUAACCGUGGUAAUUGACUGGUUUGAAAUAUACAAUGUAAGUUAUUACUACAAUAGAUGAUCAGGUUACUACAAGUUUAAAUUUCUUAUUCUUUAUCACAGGAGAAACAGAAGACAUCUGUAUAGUAGAAAGAUUAUUCUCCAGUAGUCUGGUAGCUAUUGUCAGUUUAUCUGCACCCAGGAAACUCAAAGUUUGUCAUUUUAAGGUAAAAUAAGCAUUUGAAUCUUGGUUGCAUUGUAAAAAGAGAGGUCCACAUUAGAUUUUUCAAGAUGCUGGGUUGUAGUGUGACAUCUCACUUAUUUCUUAAAAAAGUAUUAUGAAUAGGAAGUGAGAUUUUGGGAAUUAAAACAUUUGAGACUGGGUAUAGAUUAUCCAUGGCUCGGGGACUGGACAGCCAAUUAUUGUGGACUUUCCCCAUACAACUUAAUGAAAUUAUAAAGUUCAGCUCAUUUUUAGGGGCAGUGUAAGUUACUAUAUUGCAAGAGAAAUUCUUCAUACAGAAGCUCAAGCCAACUUUCCUUGUUUGAAAAAAAAGUUUGUUCAUUUUACUACCCUAUUUAGACAAGAGACCUUAUUUUCUGGUGCAUUAAUAUAGCACUUUGUUUAAUAACAUCCCUUCCUUGUUUCUUUAACUUGGAGUCAAUAAGCUUUUUCAGUUAUAAACAAAGAUCACAUGUGUACCAAGUCUUAUGGACCACACACCACCAAGUUUCACACACUGUUUAAGACAUCCAUGCCAGAAAAAUUAUUCUUAACACUAAAUUGAUAAAAAUAUUUUCCCUCAUGACAGUUAAUGAAAACAACUAACUGACAAAAAAUGAAAAAAAAAAAAACUCAAACUGUCUCAGAUGAACAUUUUAUAGGCAUACACGUAGUUUUGAAAUUAAGGAAGCAGAAAAUUAUAUGUAUCUAAAUUUGUCAGUACAGUCAUAUGACUCAGUCAGUAUUGUCCUCCUGAACUUUAUUAUUAUUUUUGAAAGUUCAUAGUGCUAACUGUAAUAAAAGUCACUGCCAUACAUCCAGAAACUUGUUUCUUAAUUAUGUGAUUCCACUCUCUAUUGUCUUUAUGCAGAAAGGCACAGAAAUAUGCAAUUACAGUUACCCCAACACAAUCUUAGCUGUCAGACUCAAUAGAGUGGUAAGUAAAGGACUUUUAAUUAAGUUAUAUUUUACAAAUUAUAGAAAGUGCACUCUCUGAGUGAUACUUCUAGAUACAACAACUUUAUUUAUUUAUGUCAAAAUCUUGGUUGCACAAAUAAAUUAAUUAAAACACAACCUGCUAGUAGCAAAGGCUAUUCGAGGCAUGUUGUGUAAAAAAGAAUAAAAAGAAUAAAAAAAUUAAUAAAGAAAGAAAAAUAAUUAGGUGGAUUUGUGAAAUAAAAUGCAAAGAAAAAAAACUGAAUGGUAGACUUUGUCAUUAUCAAUUGUUAUUUUAAUGAUAUAGUUAUAGUGGGAUUCUGCAGCUCAAAAAUUCCAUGCGUGCUACCUGAAGCACACACACAUACUGCAUGCACGAUAUGAUAUGAUAGGGCUGUGCUUUAGCAGAGCCUUGUUGCCCCUUCCACCCAACUUUUGCUCUCAGGCGACUAGAAAAUUUUAGUUUUUUCAUGAAAAUAAUAUACUGGUCAGCCUAGAUUUUACAAGAUCAGAGUGCUGUGGUUCUUUUAAGUUUUCUUUAGAGGACAGCCUUGUGUGUUUGGAAAUUAUUAUGGUUUUAUUCAUCAGUUAUUGCACAAUUAUUGAUGUUGUUUUUUUGUAUUUUUGCAGAGGCUGCUUGUAGUACUUGAAGAGAGUUUAUAUAUUCACAACAUUAGGGAUAUGAAGGUGUGUUUACAUUACCAUUGUUAAGUCCAAACAUAUUAUAUUAUAUUAUUGUAACAAAUUAACCUAUGUUAGCUGACCUUUGAAAAUAACUUCUCUAUGUUACUUAAAACCUAAAUAAUUAAAAAAAAACGAAUUUCAAACUAACCCACUUGUAGUUCAUUCUUACAUGAAUUCCCUUGGGUGCCUCUCUCAUAUUGUAAUAAACUACCUUGGACAUUAUUAUUAUCAUCAACUUCGACGUUAUCCUUUGACUAUCUUUGAAACAGAUGUCUGUAUCAUAGUCUCCAGGGCCAAGUUGUUCGAAGGCCAUUUAUUGCUAACCUGGGUUAAAUUUUAAAAGAGUUUCUUUUUCUUUUGUUCAAAAGCACUUUCUCGGAUAAUUUUCUCUAUUUUUUAGAGCAUCCAAUCAUCAAAUUGUAGACUAGAAGAAUUAAACUGAAUUUUCGUAUUAAGCUUUCAUAUCUGAAAUCUAACUUCACACCAAAUCUGGGUUAUCUUAACCUAGCUUUGAACAACCUGGCCCAGAGAAGAAUGUGAAAAAUUGCCCGGGCUAUGGUGCAUAAAACUUCUUAAGAUGGAAGUCGUAAGUAUUGUUUCAAAACAUUAGGUCAUUGUCCUAGAAUUUAAGAACCCACUUAUCGUAAGUACGUUUUAUGCAACCUGGCCUGUCUUUGACCCUGAAGUAGAAAUAGUUUGCAUAAAGCUCUACUCUAUGCCAUGAUCAUGAAGAUGGAUGAAAUUUCACGUAAAUCUAGGAUGACUUUUUUGAUCUCAUUAAUAAGUCAUUACCAUGCUGAUCAGGGCUGAGUUGCUCAAAGCAUGGUUAGCUUUGUAUCAAAACCAAUAUGUUGUCAAGGUAUUAAAUGCUGGUUAACGAUAACCAUGCUUCGAGCAACUGGGCCCAGGUUAAUAUGUAACAUACAUGUAGCUCCCCUAAAACCUGUUCUUAGUAAGCUGGCCCAUUUAUGAUUAUCACACUACACAAUUCAAGUGGUUGUUGUUGUUGUUUGUUUUUUACGUAGGUUCUACACACGAUAAGAGAUACACCACCUAAUCCAUCAGGUUUGUACCCACCAUGUUCUUGACUCUGUUAUCUAUAAAUACUUCAACCAUACAUACAGUUGAACUUCCAUUAAGAGGCCACUAUUGGGGUACCAGGCAAAUGGCCUCCAAUUAUUCAUGAAUUAAGGCUAGGAGACAAAGAAAGUAGAGAAUCAACCUAGUUUUAAAAAUUUUAACCUGAAUUUAAUUUUUACCUGUAACAUCUAUGUGGGAUGGAGAAAUUAUGUGUGGAGAAAUUUAUUUGCUUAUCUAAAGAUGAUAGUGACGGGCAAGUUUUGUCUUUAAACAGUUUCUGUUUCUAUAUGUCAGAAGGCUUUGGAGUAAAGGCAAAAUAACACAACACUUGGGCACUUUUGUUAUGCAAUUAUAAAAGUGGACUUUCUUUUUUAUAACAGAGUGGAAAAUAACAGGCUUUCAUUGCAGUUGUAUGAGUGUGACGUUAUAUAAAUAAUAAUUAUUUUUGUUUCAGGCCUCUGUGCUCUCUCAGUCAACUCAGAUAACUGUUACCUUGCUUAUCCUGGAAGUAAUCAGGUAAAGUUUAGGCUCUCUGAGUUACCUACAGUUGGACCUUCUUGUAAGCAGCCACCCUCUAUUAAGUGGCCAGUAACCAAAGUCCAGAAGUAAUAAUCUUACAAAAGAAUGGGAACUUAAGACUCUAUUUAGCGGCCCCCUCUAUUAAGCAGCCAAUGAGAGUCCAACGAGAGUUCCUUUCUUGUUUUCGUCACUAUUAAGUGGCCUUCAAGAGAUUGAUACACUUUAUGUAGUUAUAUAAGAAUAUGAUGAAGGAAAAUACAGUCCAAGUUAGAAGGUGAUGAUUAAUAUUUGAUUACUGUUGACCAGUUAUGCUUCUCCUCCCAUGGUGCAUUUGUUUCAAACUAAAGUGAUGUUUCUGUUAAAGAUUAUCACUACUUUAUGAUGAACCUCUGUUGAGCAGCCAACCUUUAUUACAUGCAAGUGGCCACUCAAUGGUAUCCUGAGGGUGGCCGUCUAAUGAAGGUUCAACUGUAUUACCUAAUCUCACUUUGCUUGCUGUUUAAAUUUGAGGUUAAAAAACUCCCGAAAAAACUACAGAGCAGAUAAUGAUUCUGUUUUUUCCUUAGAUUGGGGAAGUUCAGAUAUUCGACUGUGUUAACCUGGUAAGUAAUGCCCUCUGAAGCAAGAUUCAUCAGUGAAAUAAGUUGUAAUAAAUAAGUCUCUGGUUUGACUGUAGUGAUAGGUGUCAUUUAAUUCAAAAUCUCUUGAAAGAAGGCUAAGGACAUUAAAUUCACUUUUAGAGUUGUGACUUUACAAUGUUCUUUAGUUAUGACUAUGAGCACGAGAUCGAUUAGAAGUAUAACUUUGGAUCUUUGAGCAAGUUUUUCAGUUUCUAAAAUUGUCAUUCCCCCUCCUGUUGCUUACAAGAAUAUUGACAAAUUGCAAGAGAUAAAAUUGCCGGGACAAUUUUUAUGUUGAGCACAUGAAAUUGGUAAAAAUUCUAAUAUUGUUUGUUUCCAGAGAGCAGUAACCAUGAUUCCUGCUCAUGAUUCUCCUGUAGCUGCCAUGGCGUUUAACAGUGCUGGCACCAAACUGUCAACUGCAUCAGAAAAGGCAAGUUUGAAAAUAUCUAAAUUUUCCUGUCUUUUUUUCAAAGUUCUUUAUCUUCAACAUCGCUGAUGAAAACAUGACCAAUCAAACAUGUAUUUAAUUCAGCAUUGUAUGAAGUAGUUACAGACCACAAGGCUUCCACCUUAGAGAGGUCUUCUUUUCUGAAACGUUAUCCAACCACAUGUACAUUUCUUUAUAUAGCAUCAAGAAAUAAUCCUUCUUAUUUGUGCUCUAUAUUGUCGAGUGAUUUUUAAGACAAUUCAAGAUUCAUAAAAGAAUUGCCUAGAUUUAUCACCCCUUGUUUUAAAGCAUUUCUUGCGACAAACAGCAGUACAAGAGCUUAAAAAAUUGAAUUCCAGCUUGUCCUUUGGGCAAGCAGCUCUCACAUUAUUGCUCAUUUUGAUUUGAUUUGACCCUUCCCCAUUUGGCAAGUGAGCGGCUUUAAAUGUUACUUGCUCAGCAAGAACAUCUUCUUGUCCUAUGGACUGCUUAGUCUACUACACAACCGUUUUUAGUGUCGUCACGCAACGCCCUAAAAACAGCUGUGUAGCAGACUACGGACUAGUGGAUGGGACGUUUUUUGAGCCUUGCAUGCAUGAAGGACAUGUACAACCUAGUUCUACGUUCUACGUUCUUCGGAAUGAUUACUGCAACAAAAAUGUUCAUUUCAUGGGUAUUUUAUGCACUUGGCAUUUUUUGGUACAAAUGUACCUCUAGUGGUACAACCGUGCAAUGUAUUUGGACACAUGAGGUAUACAUUGCCCAGUGUUAUGGCAGCUUAUGUGACUUUUUAAGAAAUCAUUUGGAAAAUGGACACGUUUAACUUCUCAGGGACUGUUAAAUCUAGCCCACACUACUUGACUUAUGCUGUCUUAAAAAACUGUAAUGCUUCAGUUACCUACCAGCCGAGCAUGAAAGUAAGCAAGAAUAAAGUUCUAUAAACUUUGACUAACGUCACCGUUUGUCCUUUUAUUUGUCUUAACAGGGAACAGUCAUUAGGGUAUUUUCAAUUCCAGAUGGAGUAAAGCUUUAUGAAUUUCGACGAGGAGUAAAACGGUACAUUGUUUUCAACACUUUCAUAGAUCUUGACUUUGCCAACAGUAUAAGCAUGGUAAACAGGUUAGAGUAAAAUGCACACACCUACUAAGUACAGUUAUGAAUCUAUGAGAAUCAUAUGUGAGAACUGUGGGGUGAAGAUAUAUAUGAAAGAAGACCAUCGCAGUUAUUGACGCAACUUUUGCAGCUGCGCAAAGAAAGCCUAAAAAAACUUCAGGCUUGUAAGGGAUUCAAACCCUUGACCUCUGCGAUGCUGGUGUAGCGCUCUACCAAUUGAGCUAACGAGCCAACUGGCAGCAGGUUGUUGAAUUGGUUCGUUAUAAACCCAUGAAAGGACAGGUGGUAAAUAAAAAUGAAUGUAUUCGUGAACCAAAUAAUGCUUUGACUGGCUAACAGGAUGGGGGGAGGCGAGCUGUUGCACUGUAAAGCGAGUCAUGUGACAAAGGUGAAAACUCUGAUCCUAUGUUGUACCCAGGUCCCAUCCAGUAUGAUAGAACUUUAAUUCAUUCCUCUUUUGCAAGCUCAGCCAGAUAGGAAAACGUUCUUAUUUUGCGUAUUUUGUUUGCUUUGUCCAGAUGUGUGACCAUUAACUCACUGGCUUUCAGCCAUGACUCAUUGUUCUUGUGUGCAUCAAGCAACACAGAGACAGUACAUAUUUUCAAACUUGAAGCACCAAAGAAGGAGUAAGUAACAUAAUCAGGAACUAACUUAGCCACACUAAGGAUUAUGCGGUGUAAUUUUUUUACAUGUCUAUGUAUUUGGGUUGGUUUUGGGUCAUUAAAACUAUACCAGGGUGUUAUUGUUGAAUGAUUUCUUGUGUCUGAAAGUUUGUAAAAUCAGAAAAGCUUCCUCCUUUUGCAAUAGUCGUAACUUGGAUUUUACUCAGUGGUUAAAUGAAAAUUGACACUUAAACUAGUAAACACUAACAUACUUGAAAAAAAAAAAACAACACUAGGAGUGGUUGCCUGUGUUAGCAGCUUGUAGCGUAUUGUUUCAUUUGGCAAUAUUUUUGUAGACUUUGGCAUCUGACACACAUCUUGUGAACCUUUUUUUAAAGAUUCCAAUAAGAAUUGAUUAGUGUGUACCUUGAGUUUCAUUAAAUGAGCAUGGUUUUUAUUUAUUGCUGUUCAUGUACUUGCAGACCUACAGAUGAGGCUGGUGGUUUGAUGGGUUAUUUUGGCAAAGCACUUUCUCCUAGCAGUUAUCUUCCAGUUCAUGUGAGUAGGUUACCUUCGAUGACAACCAGAAACUCUAUCUUGUUCUCAGUGUGCACUAACAGCAGUGGCUGGGUUUCAGUCGUAGUUUUAGACAAUAAAUUUUGGAUAAUGUUUGUGUGAUAUCCAUAGCAAAGCCGAUCGAGGUGCAGUACAAACUGGUAAGUGAUAUCACCCAAGGCCGGAAGCCGAGAUGCUGGUAACACUUACCGAGAUAUUGAUUAUUCCGGAUAUCACAAAACCCGAAUCAAAUAUUGUUUUAUUAAACAUUUUUUAAAGAAAAUAACGACAAAUACACCCUUGCACGGAUCACAGUUUGAAAUAAUGCAUUGCGGGCGCAACCUACAGAUCACUCAGUUAUUAGUCAGUUAAAGAAGUGUUAAACAGCAAAAAGUUUUGAAGAUGUUAAAUGUGCUGGUGUUUGCCUGACGAAGCAUGCAGUCGUGAUAAGAUUUGGAAUUGACUGACAUAAGUAACAGUUAGAAAGGGGGUUACUGUUUCAUAGGACUUCAGUAUUCACUUAGUAACUAGAACGUUACCUGGUAUAAUUAUAUCUUUAGAUGGCUGAGGUUUUUAAUCAAGAGAGAGCGUUUGCCAGUGUAAGGUUACCACAGGCAGGUAAGAGUUUCGGUUAAUUGUUCAGUGGCAGACUACUUCUUGUCACAUUUUGUAAUUUAUGUUGCUGUAAAGGUAGUUCGUUGCUUAUUGUAACGAGGCCAGGUUAAACUAACAAGCCACAGUUUUAUCAUGUGUUCGUCAAGUGUUGGGUAGCUGCAAGAGAAUCCUUACCUAUUGUAACCUUCUCUCACGUUGUUAUAAACAAAUGAGAAAAAGAUCACGACGUGGUUAACAUUGCUUCUUUUUUCAGUGUUUCAUCGUCUUUAUAAUCAUACUGACUCGGCUCGCACAGGCCUUAACACUCAAACUAUAACAACUCAGAGAAUAGACACAGUUUAAAAAUUAAAUUGGAUGACACCAAAUAUAUUAAGAACAAGAAGUUUAAUACUAAUGGUGUAGAAGCAAAGUCCUUGAAAAAAGAAAUUAUCUUUGAAAAGUACAUGAAGUAAUGUCUAAGGACUGUUUGAACUUAGAUAACAGGAAUCUAGCCUGUUUCCGGCGUUCAGAUAGUGGAAAAUGGCGCGAAAUGGCGAGCGGAGCAAAAAAUAAGGAAGAGGGAGAGGGGAGCGAACCCCUGUGAAAAUUGUUUUCAAAAACUGACGCGCUUGUCUCUCGCUUCUGUUUUUCAGUGUUACGCCCUCGUGCUACUCCACCAACUUUAAAGAAAAAUAAGAGACUGCUGUCAGUCUAGUUUGAUCCGUAAUUUCCUUACACCUUACGCUUUCGAGGCGAUAUCGCUAAUCCUUGCAGUAAGCGAAAAUUGCGUCCUAAAUGAGGCCUUGUAUGACAAAAGUAUUUUCAAUCGCUGUGUGUCUAGAACCUGACGGUGUCCGGGAUGCUAUGGGUUCGACCCGGAACUCUUUGUUCCCCGUUUGCAUUAUGAUGGAAAUUAUAUCUUUUUUUCUUCUUUAGCCUUGUGUAAUAUUCAAAUUUUAACUCUCGUUUAACAGCAUGGACUCUGUUGCCUAUCGCACUUAUACUUCCUUUUUACAGAUGUUUUACAUAUGAAUAUACUUAAUUACAGAGUAAAAUAUCUGACUCUUGCUGUUUCACACUAGGUCUACGAAACGUCUGUGCAAUAGCAAUGUAAGUAUUUUCAGUGUUCAUAAUAUUUUUAGUAAUCCUGACUUUCAAGAACACAGAGGCCGAAGUUGUUCAGCAGCUAUGGUGACUAAUUUUGAUCCACCCCACCCCUCUCCGUAGGAUUGGAAAGCUCCCUCGACUGCUGGUUUCAAGUGCAGAUGGUUAUCUUUACAUUUACAAUAUUGACCCGGAGGAGGGAGGGGACUGCACACUGCUCAAGCAACACAGGUACCACGUCCAUCAAUUUCAUCGUGCUGGUUUACAUGAACUUUUUUCUCUACACUUUUAAUAGUUACUUCUGUCACUUAAGCCCAAGACGCAAAAAAUAUAUGUGAGAUAGUAAAGGGGAUUGACAGUUGUUGUAAUUUUGGAAGUCAUCUUAUACUGUGUUAUUGUGUUUAGAUUAAUUGGUCAGGGGGAAGGACCCGAUAAACCUCUGGUAAGUAACUAUACUUAAAGUUUUUUCUCUCGUCUUCCUCUUCACUGGUAUCAAAAUCAAACUGGUUUACUCUGAUAUCGUUAAUAAGUUGCUCUGUCCCUUCAGAUAUGAGGAUGGCUAUCCUUCCGCGCCGAACCUAGUAUAAAUUUAUGACUCAUUACAAGACUUGUGCAUGGGCUCUAACACCCCAUUUCAGAUCGCUAUGUGGCAAGAGCUUUCUUUCCAUUCCAGACUACAAAUGCGAUCUGUUGAUGUGCCACUUUUAGGGCUGAUAAUAGGUAAGGUAGGUAGUUAAAGGCGCACACAAGCCAAAGGCCCACACGGCGGCCCGAGCUUAUUUCCGGUUUCCGUAGCAUGAAGCAAGCCUAGGAGUAUUGCUCCUUCCCCUGGACGGAAUGCUAGCCCAUCGCAGUGUGUCGCCGGUACCCAUUUAUGCACCUGGAUGAAGAGAGACAAAGUGGAGUAAAGUUCCUUGUCUGAGGAAACAACGCAACGGGCAAGGCUUGAACCCCUGACUUCCAGAUCCAGAGUUCGAGGUGUUAACCACUCAGCCACACACGCCUCCACUAAUUAGGAUCGAUAAUACUGUGGUACUAAUUAUCUCGUCUCCCAACAGGAAGAGGAAAGCGCUCCCUCAGAUCCUAGUUCUUCGCCGUCAAACAAAGAGGACGAUUCCCAAGACACACGAGCCCGGGCCUCUUCCCAAACCAGUCAAAACUCUCCUCCCUUGGGGAGAGAAGGCACGGGGGAUUUUUCCCAAGCCGCCUCGGCCUUUACUGACCAGCAAGGGAUUGGAAACCUUAGAUUGGACGAUGAAACAGAGUAUCCACCGCUGACUGUGCAUAACGACUAGCUCUCUCGCUUAAAACGUAGAUGAUAUUUUGCUGCCAGAUAUUCUUGCUCGAAAACGUGUAGUUUAAGCAAAGAAAUCUGCUGCACUGCACAGCGCUGAACAUUUUAAACCUUGCUAUACGUACAUUUUACAUUUACAAGAUGUGUUGUGAUUAGUAUGUCCCUGAUGAAGUGUUUUUCUAUUCUCUUGCCUCUGAACAAGUUUUAUGAAUGUAAUGCCACUGCAAAAUUUUCAAUACCACAAAAACGAACUCAGCGCCCUCUGUAA